CAACAACCUUAUAAUACAUUUAAUAAAAUAAUAAAAGGUGAAGUUUUUCCAAAAUAAAGUGUUGUAUUCUUUUGCAAAUUAAAAAUAUCACUUAAGUGAUCGAUAUGCUAGAACCAGCAAAAAGUAAAGCGAAGAUAUCGAGCAAAUAUAAUGUUAAACAGCCGAUUGAGAACUUCAAAGUUAGGGUAAAGAUUAUACAACAAAAAUCGCCGCUUGCUGAACUAUUUGAGAACGAGAGGGAAACACGGGACGGUAACUUUCUGGAGGCCGAGGAAUACGAAUUUAGUUGGCAAGAGAAAGUUCUCGGCCCUUACGAGGUCAAGUAUUAUCGAGACGUGCUCAAUUGUACAACGGACAAACAGAAGGAGUAUCGUAGACGUAUUCUGAAUACAGUCGACUCCGAGAAAGGCUCCCGCCUCUACUCUUAUGUACUGGGAGACUCCUACUAUCCAGAUUCGUCCCUCAUCACGGGUAGAUUUAGAUCUCGGCUCUCGCAACGAAACGAACGAGCGACUCCGCCGGUAAAGAACCGCAAGCCGUUUGUGAAACGAUAUAACCAACGUGUCGUUGAUGAGGCUCCAUCCAAUGCGAAAAUCAACGAGAAUCAUUAUCUGUAUAAGGAACAUGAGAGCAUGUACAUUGUGGUGGAUCUGUCGCCGAAAGACGAAACGACGGUUGAGUCUACGGACUCCGAAGUACUACUCUGCGCCAUUAUCUACGAUCCACAACAUAAAUGCCUGACUCUCAGCCCGGACUUCUCCGAAGAUGAGCCCUAUAAUGUCGAAGGAAUCGGCAUGAAUUAUGAUUAUUGGAUAUCGGAUGCGUCCCCGAAACCGACAAAUCGAGAGAUGCUACGACACCUCGAAAACGUUAAGAAGGAGGUACAGCGUAUGCGCGCUCUGAAGGGGGCUCAACUAUUCCAUGAACUCGAGGUUCCAGGACCGCGAGUACUACGUCUCUUCGUCAACCUAGACAUCGGUUUGGCACGAGACUUCGAACACGAUGACGCACUCUUUGUCAGUUACCGCGUAGAGCUUCCACGGCACUGGCGCUCGUGCGGACACCUCGCCGGUAGAACCCAACGAUGUCGUGCCCAAAAAGGACGAACUCAUUUUGGCUAUUGCACCGAAGUUAUACUGGAAUUCGACCUGACGACCGAACGAGAAUUCGCGGUUUCUCGACCACGCAUUAUCUUCUCCGUUGCAUCGCUUGAUUAUUGGACUAGAUACCGCAUCGAGGGUUAUGGCGCAGUACCGCUGUCACCCAGUUCAGGAUUGCAGGAACUCGAGUUACAGACAUGGCGACCGGCCUGUGGUUUCGUGGAUGCGUUACGACGUUUCUUCACUGGCGGAAGUCGCGAGCUCGAAGAUCCGGGUUAUUGUGGGUUACCUUCGUGCCAGGAGGGUCCGCGGCUUGAUAAACACAUCCUUGGCGUUGUACCCAGCGGUCGGCUGCAGCUACGAAUAAGCAUUACGAGGCAAAGUCUCGAUGACACCGCACUCGAAGUACGAAAUGUUGACUUACUCGAAGGUGUUGACGAAGUGCUCACUCGCUUUAAAGAGGCAAGGGAGCGUAUGAUCCAGGCACGCGCCAUGUGCAUCUAAAUGACCGACUCGGUACGGUACAAUGUAUGCGUCUUUCAUACUUUAAAUACUCUUUAUUUCGAAAAACAAAUACUUUUUCCCUCCCAAAUUCUCCAGGGUAUAUCGAGUGAGGAGUCUAGGCAAAACUGACUCUCUCGUAACGGAGCUGAUUUUUAUUUCAACAAAAAUAACAAUUUACAUUGAAUUGUAUUUUCAUAAUGAUAAUUAUAAUGCAUGCUACACCUUUAAUUUACUGGUAGGCAUCGUAUGCACUCGCUCGCUAUUUUUAUUCUUGUAAUUAAUGUUUUUAUUUUUUUCCUCUAUUCUUCAAUUAAUCAUUAAUAGUGAUUUCGUAGACUAAUUUCGUAACGUUAACGUUCAUUUUUCUUUUUUUUGUAUUUACGUUGGGUUGUUUUUUUGUUUUUUUUUUUAUUACUUUUUUUUUGUUUUUGUUUUUUGUUUAGUCUACUCACUGUCUCCAUCGAGGUGCAAUGCCCGAGGACGUAGUCAUCCUGAUAAAAUAAAAAAGAGUGCGCCUUGGUUCGUUACAUGCAUUAUACAGCCUUAUCUCCUCGUGGAACGAAUCAGCAUCUGUGCUUGCGGAGCUGAUUUCGUUGAAAUUUUUUAGAAAUCGAAUAGGUACACGUGUUAUUAUUGUACGUAAUAUUCAAUAGAUUUUACUUCUUUUUUUUUUUUUUUU